UACCUGUUUGUUACAUCACAGACUAGUACGGUUCCGUCAGGCUGCCCAUUAGGCGUUUAGGUGGCGGCGUUUCUAUUUUCGCCGACUUGGUCGUGCUUUGUCGCAGGCCACUCACGGCGAUUUGUGGUCAGAUCAAAGCGAUUUCCUACAUUCGAAUAUACUGAGCUAGACGCUUGCUCGGAUGACCGUUAGCCGUUAGUUCGCACGACUGCGAGUCGUCAAUUCUUGGUGGAAUCUGUCUGCCGCGUCGUCAGCUUAGCCUGUCGCCAGGAGUCGUCGUGUGCUGGCUUCCGUUUCGGAUACCAUGGCAUAAUUGGUGCCGAUACCAGAUCCCUGAUACCGUCGCCAGCGCCUGAUUAGGACCCAAUGCAUGCUGUUGACCACAAGUAGAGCUCGUGCGCCGAUCAGAGCAGGCUUCAGUGAUACACGACUUGAGCAGGCUCGUGCUCCGAUUAAGUGAGUUUCGUGAACAGGAUUGGUCUUCAGAAUUGACACAGUAGUUCACAGGAUCCUACGGCGACCGCAAAGUGAACAGGAUCGGCCGCUGACGGCAAGUUGCUGCUACAGCCGACGCAGCCAGGAACUUGCAGCCAGGUGGCUGCAACCUGCAGCCUGCAGCCAGGUCUCUUAUGCGGUUGCUCGCAGGAUCCUACGGCGACCGCACAGUGAACAGGAUCGGCCGCUGACGCCAAGUUGCUGCUACAGCCGACGCAGCCAGGGGGCUGCAGACACCUGCUCCAGGUCUCUUGUGGGGUGAUUUUCUCUUAAGAGAAGCAGGUGGCUUUCGAGUCGAGCCGCCAAAAGCACCCGAAGGAAGCGCCCUUUCAUUCAGCAAGCAGCCCUUUGCGGAAUGGCGAACGCUCUGGAGGAUCUCGACAAAGCCCUCGAGACCAGCUCCCAGGUGCACGUCUCAGGCCUGCAUCCCUCCAUCGACAAACCCCCUGCUUCCUCCGCUCUUCCCAUUCCGCCGUCCGCCCGCCCCUCCGCUGCCUCCGCCUCCUCCUUCUCCCCCUCCCCUUCCAGCUCCCCCGCCCUCCGCCCCACUGUCGUCUCCUCCUCCUCCUCUGCCUCCGCCUCGCACUCCUCUGUCCUCAACUCUGCUUCCUUCUCUCUCGACCGCUCGUCAUUGACGACGCUGAUUGGAGCACAUGGCAGGGAGCCGUUCCUCAUUGGAGUGUCGGGAGGAACAGCAUCCGGCAAGACCACGGUGUGCGAGCAGAUCAUUCAGCAGCUGCACGAUCAUCGAGUGGUGCUGGUGAAUCAGGACUCCUUCUACCGUGGAUUGACUGACGAGGAGCUCAAGCAUGUCAGCGACUUCAACUUCGAUCAUCCUGACGCCUUUGACACAGAGGCCCUCCUUUCGACGAUAAUCGCUCUGAAGGAGGGGCGGUCGGUGGAGAUCCCAGUGUACGACUUCAAGACGCACCAACGGUCCAAGACUGUGAGAAAGACUAACCCUGCUGACGUCAUCGUGCUGGAGGGUAUACUGGUGUUCCACGACUCAAGGGUGCGGGCUUUGAUGAACAUGAAGAUAUUCGUGGAUACAGAUGCCGACGUGCGAUUGGCCAGGAGGAUCCGCAGAGAUACGCUGGAGAGAGGGCGAGACGUGCAAGGGGUGAUUGAUCAGUAUGCCCGUUUUGUGAAGCCAGCCUUUGACGAUUUCGUGCUUCCCACCAAGAAAUAUGCUGACAUCAUCAUCCCCAGGGGAGGAGAUAACCACGUGGCAGUGAACCUGAUAGUGCAGCAUAUAGGCUCCAAGCUGGGGCAGCAUGAUCUCAGGAAGAUCUACAGCAACGUACACGUUAUAGAGUCAACCUUCCAGGUCCGUGGCAUGCACACGCUGAUUCGCAACAGGGACACCAAGAAGCACAACUUUGUUUUCUAUGCCGACCGCCUCAUUCGCCUUCUGGUGGAGCAUGGCUUGGGCCACCUCCCCUUCACUGAGAUUCAAGUCACCACUCCCACUGGCUCCACAUACGUGGGGAUCAAUUUCAGCAAGAAGCUUUGUGGGGUCUCCAUAAUCCGAAGUGGCGAGAGCAUGGAGAAUGCGCUCAGGGCGUGCUGCAAGGGAGUGAAGAUUGGCAAGAUACUCAUCCACAGGGAGGGCGACUACGGCAAGCAGCUCAUAUACGAGAAGCUACCCAGGGACAUCUCUCAGAGGCACGUCAUGCUGCUGGAUCCUGUCCUGGCUUCAGGUCGCUCAGCCAUAAAGGCCAUCGAGCUGCUGCUGCACCGAGGGGUGCCUGAGGACCAAAUUAUUUUUCUCAACCUCAUAUCGGCCCCAGAGGGCAUUCACAAUGUGUGCCGGCGUUUUCCGCACCUCAAGAUCGUGACCUCAGAGAUCGACUCGGGGAUAAACGAGGAGUACCGAGUGGUGCCGGGGAUGGGGGAGUUUGGGGAUCGAUACUUUGGCACCGAGGAGGGAGACGCCGGGAGGGAUGAUACUGGUGAUGAUGGUGAUGCCUUUGAGGCGUCGUAGCAUCAUGGCGGGGAGUGAUGCUGUUGAUGGGGACUGCGAAAUGAAUAGGGAGUCGGGAUACAGGAGGAGUGCAGAGCGGUGCUGAGGAUGGGCGAGUUAGGAGACUGAUACUUGGGCACGGAGGAGGGGAUGAUGGUGAUGGUGAUGGUGUCCAGGAGUACAGAGCGGUGCCAGGGAUGGGGGAGUGGUGAUAAAAACUUCGGCAAAGAUGAGGGGGACGAAGGGCGGGAUGCGAAUGGUGGUGGUGCUCGUGGUGCUGUCUUUAGUAGAGGAGAUGUGACUGUGGUUGUGCUGCUGGUAGUGGUGAGGGGAAGAGAGGAGUAGCAGCAGUGGGGGCGACAGCGGCUUCAGCAGUGGGGCUUCCAGUGGCAGUGGGAGCGAGUGGAGCAACAAGCUUUGAGGCGUUUCAAGACUAGGAGCGGCAGCAGCAGCAGUAAGGCACUGCUAGUGACAGUGGGAGCAAGGGGAGCAAAGGCGAUGGCAGUACGGCCAGUGCUGCGAAUGGUACCAGUAUUGUCAUAGUUGCCAGUGCUGCUUCUAGCCCAGCCAGGUAUAAAGUGGGAGUGGAUUAGGAACAAGUGAAGCAUGAGCUAUCGCACAUCACUGGCCAUUUAGUCACUGGUAAGGUGGGAAUUGACAUAGUGAGAAGUUUGUAUUGUUGAUCAAUUCUUGUGGGCGAAAUAGCUUAUAAUACGUCCUCACAAGGAAAGUGUUACGAUUCCAUGAAUAGAGUCAUUAUGGUUUA